GUGCCCCGAUACUGUGCAGGUUUGAUGACACACAUAACGCCACGGAGUCGGCUCUUCCAUUCUCAGUGAGGAUAGUCAUGGGGAAGACAGGUGGAAGGGACGACUUUGAAUGGGUCUACACUGACCAGCCUCACACUUCAAGAAGAAAAGAAAUUCUGGCCAAAUAUCCAGAGAUCAAGUCUCUGAUGGGUCCGGACCCCCAACUGAAGUGGGUGGUAUCGGGCAUGGUCCUAACCCAGCUCUUGGCUUGCUACCUGGUCCGGGACCUCUCCUGGAAGUGGAUCAUCUUCUGGGCUUACAGCUUCGGAGGCUGCAUCAACCACUCCCUGACUCUGGCAAUCCAUGACAUCUCUCACAAUGUGGCCUUUGGCAACAAGCUGGCAAAGUGGAACCGCUGGUUCGCCAUGUGGGCCAACCUGCCCAUCGGGUUGCCUUACUCUGCCUCCUUUAAGAAGUAUCACAUCGACCACCAUCGGUAUCUGGGUGGCGACAAGCUGGAUGUUGACAUCCCUACAGACAUUGAGGGAUGGUUCUUCUGCACCCCGGCCAGGAAGGUCCUCUGGCUCUUCCUCCAACCCUUCUUCUACGCCCUUCGCCCAUUAGUGGUCAAUCCUAAGCCAGUAGGCCAGCUGGAGAUCCAGAAUGCACUUGUUCAACUCACAGUAGACUUAAUUAUCUACUAUUUAUGGGGGCUGAAGCCCAUUGUUUACCUCAUUGCGGGGUCUAUCCUGUGUAUGGGACUGCAUCCUAUCUCUGGACAUUUCAUAGCUGAGCAUUACAUGUUCCUGAAAGGACACGAGACAUAUUCUUACUAUGGAUCACUGAAUUUGAUCACCUUCAAUGUCGGGUAUCACAUGGAGCACCAUGACUUCCCGAGCAUUCCUGGCAGUAAACUACCUCAGGUCAAGCAAAUCGCAGCAGAGUAUUACGAUUCCCUUCCACAACACACUUCCUGGACCCGGGUAUUAUGGGACUUCGUGUUUGACGACAGCAUCGGGCCCUAUGCCAGAAUCAAACGGGAGUACAAGCUAAACAAGCAGGGAUAGAUCUGUGACUGAAUAUGUUUCCCUUUGAACAGGAAUGUGAAUUUCAGUUGUUAAAAAUCUAUGGACUACUAUUAAAUAUUAUCUAUUUUCCCCCCCCAUGUAGUAUGUGGUUGUCACUGUAUAGACCUUCUAAUAUGUUGGACAUCUUAAAUCAGUCAGGAAAUGGGACAAGAAUUCAGAUAAAGUCUGAAUGGCCUGUUGCUGUGACGCAGUGAUAACAUUUCCUUGUAUCCAGAAGACAAAAUGAGGAUGAAAAGCUAAUAUUUCCUUAUCUGCAGGUGGAGACCACAAAUGAUAGUACUCAUUA